GUAUUCUUUCUGUGCGGCCCGGUACCAAUUGACCCACGGACCGGUGCUGAUCUGGUGACCACUGAUCUAGAUGAUAGAUACAACCCUCACAUUUACGUUUACGGUAUUCAGCAGACUCCCUUUUCCAGAGUGACAUAGGUGACUGGGGUACUGAUUGGAAGGUCAAGGGGUUUAAGCCUCAGUAUCUCCAAGCAGUUGCCACUCGGGCCCUUGAGCAAGGCUCUUAAUCCUCUGUGCUACAGAGGCACUGUAUCAUGUCUGACCCCAGCUUAUAUAUGUAAUAUAUUAUAUAUGUAAAUAUGUAUAUGUAUAUAUAAUUUCUGUACAGUAUAAAGCACCCGUUCUUCACCUUUGUAGACAGACAGACAGACAGACAGACAGACAGACAGACAGACAGACAGACAGAUAGAUAGAUAGAUAGAUAGAUAGAUAGAUAGAUAGAUAGAUAGAUAGAUAGAUAGAUAGAUAGAUAGAUAGAGGGUACUUGCUAUAAUUACAGAGCACAGACUAAAAUUAAUUUUAAAAAAGCUUAAACUGUUGCUGCAGCAUUUUUUUUUGUUUCCAUCCAGGUGAUUGGUUUUAAGCCAUUAAAUACUGCAGCAAGGUUAUUUAUGUACCCUCCGUCAUUCCACAUGAGCACAUGCCUACCUUGGUAUAAGGAAUUUAUGAGAUUGAAUGAGAGUGUAACAUUUUCAUGAAGGAAUAAAACCAAAAUUAAACAGACUGAAGGAAUAAGUGAAGGGAGUCUUUGUGGUUAGACCAUGUGGAAAGCAUUCUUACUGCAGUCUGGUUAUAUAAAUGACUUCUAAACAUUGUCUUUCGGUGUGUGUGUGUGUGUGUGUUUCUUAGAUGCAUAUGCGGAUUCACACAUGGACGAUCCAGAGCUGCACAUUCAGGUUCAGGAGGAAUGCAAAGUCCGGUUUUAAACCCACUCACUCAGUUAGCUAGCUACUUUUUGUACACUAGCUAGCUAGUUAGUUCUGGCUAGUUUGGCCAAUUUGUUAUGCUCUCAUUUGGCUGAUCCUUAUUUUUAUUGCAGAUCACGUUGUAGAUUGUUGAAGCCCAAACACAUUUAAGCUAUUGUUCUUUUUUUUUUUGGUUUGUCUAUUAGUUAUAAUUAGCAAAUUUGAAUAAUGUUAUCAGCUUUUAGACAUCGAACAUAGAGAAAAGAAACAGUAUAUUUGAUAGACAUUUUGUGUUUGUAUUUAAAUGUAGGUUUAAACAGGAAAUUGCACUUGAUUCAGGAAAAUCAGGGACUUCUAAUUUCAUGAGUCUAUGGGGGCACUUACUUUUAUGCACAUUUCAGUUGUGUAAUAUUAUAUAUUCUAAACAAUCAAAUGUGCAUCAUAUCCUUUUUAUCUUCAUGUUCAAAACACCCCCAUCGCAGUUGCAGGCUCUGUGGGCGGAGCUUAAGGCUGGACUCAGGGGCGUGGUUCAGGAGAUCUCCGCCUUACAGCAGAGCAACGCCCGCCUGGAGGAGAAAGUGAGAGAGUGCCAGAGAGACACAGCUGAGAAAGUGUUGUCUCUAAGAAACACUCUGAACACACUCCAGGAGGACACAGACACGGCUCUGUCCCAGAUCUCUGAACUUAACAUCAGGCAGAAACAGCUACAGACAGAUCUGGACCUGCUACACAGCCCAGAACACAGGGGGGAGGAGACAGUGGAUGGCCACACCCACCCCUGCAGCCAAACACAAGUGAGGCUUAUUCAGCAUUACAUCAGCCACCUGCCGACCAAUCAGAGUUCUGAGCAGGAUGGCAGUGAUUUUAGGACUCACCCUAAAGCUCCAGUGUGGCGGGAAAGGAGAAUGAGCCGAGACCAGACAGAGCAGAUCGGCCAGGACACAAAUCCCAGGCAGGUAUCUGCUUUGGAGCUGUUGGAAUCAGAGAGAGUGUACGUCUCAUAUCUGUCUCUGCUGCUGAAGGCCAACAUCACCCACAAUGGCUAUGAAAGCUCUAAUCUUAAAGACAAACGGCUCUUCCCUUCCUCUUUGCGGUUUUUGAUCCAGCAGCACCUCGAGCUCUUGCACCUUCUGCAGGAACGUGUGCUGAAGAGUCACUGGCAAGGCAUCAUGGGAGAUUUGUUUCUGAGGCUUACCAGUAAGGAGGGUGAUUUUCUGCACAACUACGUGUCCUAUCUAAAGGAGCUCCCAGAAUGCCUUUCAGCUCUCAGCUUAUUCUCAAAGCCUGCAGGCCUGCUAGAGGGUGACCUCACAGGAGAUGAGACACGUCCAUCCCUCCACACUCUGCUGCUUCAGCCGGCCCAGCGUGUCCCAGAAUACCUCAGGCUCCUACAGAACCUGUUGUGCCAUACGGAAUCUGAGCAUCCAGAUUAUUACCUUCUGCUUGUGUGUGUAAAACAUCUCCGGUCCUUUACCACCCAGUACAAUGACCUCCUCAAGCACAACCAGGAGCUCUUCACACACUCACACACACACGGCCUUAGAGAACACACACACAACCUGUACACACACGAGCCGGACCGUGCGACACACACACGCAAGGAAUUCAGCAGAUCAUCAGGAAAGCAUCUGUAUAAAGUGGAUUCUGAAAGUUCAUCAAAUUACAGUAGCACCAGUGGGCAGACUGAUCCAGCCCAUAAACAGAGAAGAAAGAAAGCAGCUGUCCGUCAUUAUCCUGACUGGGAGGCGGAGCCUAAUCGUUUUCCCCAUGACAUUUCCUUCACUUCCGACGUGGAAUCACGUCACAAAGCCACGCCCAUCCAAUUACACAGGAUUCCAGAGACAGAGAGGGCGGGGUCAGCCCUGGCCGAUGCAAUGGAGACAUUCCUUCCAUACAGACAUGGGGACUCUCGCUGUUCAAGCCGUUCCCAUUCAACUGACUCGAGCCUUGACAUUACGUUUGUAAGCUGUAGCCCCUCCCUCAGUCCAGACUGCCAAUCACAUAGCAGAGGGCAAAGCAGCAGAGGUGGGGUUUACAGACCCAGCUGUGGGCGCGGGUCACCUGACUCGGCCAGCGUGAUGAAGCCUUUGCAGCAGGUACAGCGGAAAAGCAGGUCACUCAAUGGCCUGCAGCUGGACAGCUUUGACAGCGGCCCUCACGUGAUCCGAAGUCCUGCCCACCCGAGGCUGGUGCGCCAAUCAAGCGCCAAAUCAAGGCUGAGGAAUAGCAGCCCGGAGAGGCAUCACGAACCCAACACACACACCAUCGCUGACGAGCUUACACAAAAGGAUUCCGGACCUCCUAUAUUGGAGGACUUGAAAUGGAAAGGCGUGUCCGAUGAAUGUGACCCCACCCCUCUGAGUGAACGUAGCAGGAAGGAGGGCAAAGGUUUCCGAAGCUCCUUCAAAAAGCUUUUUAAGAAGAGGUCUGGCGGAGAGAGCAAGGCGGAGAAAGCUGUGGAGAAGAACGAGGGACAGAGCAGCAAUGAUCUGGAGGCUGGGAGGGUAAACAGAGCACGAAAACCUGGAGAUAUCGACAGAGGAACUGCAGUUUAAACACGUGCACACACACACACACACACACCUGAUUAUUUUGUUGUAUAGCAACACAACAUCAAACACGAUCUUUCACACACACAUUCUACUAGAAGAAUCAUGAUGUCUAGCCAAUAGAGAUGUUCCUCUCCAUAACCGAGGCUGAUACGAUUCACACCUUGAUGCAUAGUCAACGAUACGGUACAUUAAAAGACACGCACGUUACGACUCGCCCCAAAA